AUGAAGAAUCUCUCGGUGGUGUCCGAAUUCAUCCUGCUGGGCAUCCCGCACACAGAGGGUCUGGAGACUGUGCUCUUGGUCCUGUUUUUGUCCUUCUACAUCUUCACCCUUAUGGGGAACCUGCUCAUCUUGCUGGCUAUUGUCUCCUCCACUCGGCUUCACAAUCCCAUGUACUUCUUCCUGGGCAAGCUGUCUAUUUUUGACAUAUUUUUCCCUUCUGUGAGUUCCCCUAAGAUGUUGUGCUAUCUUUCAGGGAAUAGUCGAGCCAUCUCCUAUGCAGGCUGUGCAUCCCAGCUCUUCUUCUACCAUUUCCUGGGCUGCACUGAGUGUUUCCUGUACACGGUGAUGGCCUACGACCGCUUUGUUGCCAUUUGUCACCCUCUACGCUACAUCAUAAUCAUGAGCCACAGAGCGUGCGUCAUCCUAGCCAUGGGGACCUCAUUCUUUGGCUGCAUUCAGGCCACCUUUCUGACCACUCUCACCUUCCAAUUGCCUUACUGUGGCCCCAACGAGGUGGACUAUUAUUUCUGUGAUAUCCCAGUCAUGCUGAAGCUGGCUUGUGCAGAUACCUCAGCCCCGGAGAUGGUGGGGUUCAUCAGUGUGGGCCUCAUGCCCCUCAGCUGUUUCCUUCUCAUCCUCACCUCUUAUAGUCGCAUCAUCUUCUCCAUCCUGCAGAUUCACUCUGCCGAGGGCCGACGCCAUGCCUUCUCCACCUGCAGUGCCCACUUCACUGCCAUCCUGCUUUUUUAUAUGCCAGUGGUCCUCAUUUACCUGAGACCAACCCCCAGCCCCUGGUUGGAUGCAACUGUUCAGAUUCUGAAUAACCUGGUCACCCCCAUGCUGAACCCCUUAAUCUACAGUCUCAGGAAUAAGGAGGUGAAAUCAUCACUAAGGAGGGUCCUACAUCAGCUGGGCUUCCUUCCUGAGCAGUUAUAG